GUGCCUCGCGCUGUGUUGGCGAUGUGUUUGCUGGAGGAGGAGGUGUAGUCACAGAAGUCUGUACUUCUCCAUGUAACAUUUGUGUGGUCCGACACAGCAGGAUUUUCUCCUUAUUGAAGAUUCCUGAAGAAAUCAGCUUAGUUUGGAUAUCCGUGGUUUGAUUGAGUGAGGAUGCUGAGCUUGUGGCAGAGUGAAGGUAAUUAACUGUGGACGUGAACCUGACGGGGCCAUCAGCAAAGGUUGAAGUUGCUCGGAACAGCGUGGUAGUAGAGGCGGGAAGGAUACCGUGUGUGGAUGUGAAGGAGGGUGCUGCCGCUGCCGCUGAGUGACAGUCGCGCUGCUACUGUAGGGGUCGUCAGGAACGUGGAUAGCAUCGCUGACAGACAGUUGUGGACAACAGUAGACCAAUAGACAGGAUUAGACAUGGCGGUCCACACGGGAAUUGUGUGUCUGUGGCUGUUGACAGUUUGCGGAGCCAAUGAGCAAAUACUGUCAGCAUCGGUAAACGUUAACACCUCACGGACAACUCUGGAGAACACCAGCCUAACAAAUCAAGCCAGCAGAUCCUUUAAUCCACAACUAGUAGCCAGCACAUCAGCCCUGCCUGCGUCUCAAACAUCCGGCCCUCCGGAGAGGAGCGCGCUCACCUCUUCUCUGACCCCACGGGAUUAUGGGAUACCAGUAUCAGACUCUGUGACCUCAGAUUACACGUAUACACAACAAAAUAUACUUCCUAGUCAUGACUCAUUAUCAAUAUUUUCAUCAUCCGUGCAAAGGACGGAAAUGUCACAGAUGAUCCAGGAUUCAAGUCAUGUGAGUGUUUUUCCAGUUACAUCAUUCGUUGAUGGUGUUGCAUCAUCAACGCCACUGCUUCAGGAUACAUCAACAAUUGUGUCACAGUCUUCUCCUUCCCAUCAUAUCAGUGACAAGGUCACUCAGACCAGACCUUUCUCAACAGAAGAACAUCUCGUGCUAAGUUCUUUCACUGAACAGAUGGUAACCACUGUGCAGCCAGAACGUUUUAAUCAUGUUGUAUCUAGCUCUCAGUUAAUCUCUUCUUCAAAUCCUCUGAAUGUUACACCAAACAUGACACCGUUAAUAACGCCAAUGUCGACCGAAUCUGUGUUCCAGAGUUUACAAUCCUCCUUCCAACCGAGUAUGGUUGCAGUGAUACCGUCUGCUACACCUGAGCAGACGACAGUUUUGUCUCAAAUACAGCAAGCCGUACUCAGUACACAAGAACUGUCCACAGUGACUGGGGACAUGUCGUCAGGCUGGGGUAGGUUUCUGGAUCGUGAAUCAGUCACCCAGAUACAGGCUUCCAGUCAAACAGACACUGUCUCCAGUCAGCCCAUCCCCUUGCUCUCUCCAACCAGUUCUGUGAUACCAGCAUCUAGUUCCGAGGUUGUGACACCACCUGUGUACCUAUCCACCCAAACAGAGGUUCAGGGUCCGGAUGCUUCUUCAAACAUUGUGCGGGCUUCAGAGACAGAAGCAGGAAGUCAGAUGCCGGUGAUGACAACCGAGUCGUCUGCUGUUACUGGUGCUUCAUCCAGAACACAGACGUCCCAGAUUGUACAGGAAUCGGCGUCUGUCUUUACUGAUCCAACCACAGAGUCUGUGUCAGUGUCAGAGUCUGUGUCAACAUCAGUGGCUGUGUCUGGAGUUUUGUCUGUUGAACCAUCUGCUACAAGUCAACCAGGCCUGUUCACUUCAGUCACUUCACAGUCACAAGAAUACACGAGUGACCUUCAAGUCUCUAGUAGUUCAAGCACAGUAGGGGAGACAACUGAGAGACCAACUGUCAGCACAUCAGGGGAGAUAAGUCCUGAAUCUGUUGCUCCGUCUUCAACAACUGUACCCUGGUCUCAGCAAACAACAUCAACAUUUGUCAUGCCUUCCCAAAUUGUUUCCUCGACGUCUAGCGCACCGAUGUACUCCAGUUCCAUCAUUCCCUCUGCGAUGCCGGCCACUACCACCAUAAAAACAACAACCCCAACUUCUAAUCUCAAGGACUGCUACUUUGAACUGACAUUUGAUGUUGACUGCUUCUUAAUCCUCAACAAUUCCUUAGUGAUGGCCGAGUUCGUGGGCUCCCUGGAGAACGUGCUUGUGAUUAACCUCAAUGUGACAAAGAAACAGAUUAAACUGUAUGAUCCACAGUGUGGCUCAGUGAUAAUUCAUGUGGGUCUCAUGCAGGUGCCCCACCUGGCUCUCCGCAACAAGCUUUUCGCUCAGUUCCGACAACGCCAGUUUGAAGUUCCGAUCAUGAUCAACAACCAAUGGCUGAAAUUACCAGGGUUGAAGGUCACUGAAAUUGACCCCCCUGCCUCCACAUUCAGCCCAAUUGACCCGCCCGAUACUGGUUUGGACAAGGUCGACCUCAUCGUGAUCAUCGUGGCUUGUUGUAUCUGUGGGAUUCUCAUCACUAUCGGUGUCAUCCUGUGUGGCAAGGAGUGCUGGAAAAGGAAGUACGCCCAAUCCUUUGACCUUCUUGAGGUGCCCCAUGUGAACCUAAAGCUCGAGGACUUCACCCUCACACGAAUCCCACGCCCAAAGGCUGUAUAUAACGAAGAGGCGGUCACAAUGCAGGGCUAUGUUGAUAACAGCUCGCAGAGGAUUGUCAAAAACUGUGGACACCAAGUUACGAAUGGCAAUGGCGUCCAUUCGAAAGAUAUUCAUGUGAGGAUGAAGCAGAACAGGGAUGGUUUAGUUGUAGGUGUUACAGGCUACACUGCUCAGACAAACGGCGUGUCGGACAAAGCCGCCAAGCGGAACAGUUCUGUGUGCAAUGAAGCCUCUCAUCAAGGCGAUCCAGCGACGGAGAACCUGUUGAAAAACACGGACCGAAAUACCGCCAUGGGCGCCACCAAUCCCAUAUUUGUAGAUGAUGAGAAUCUCACAGGAGACCAGACACAGAAAGAAUAAAUACAAACAUAUUUUUACUAUCAUUUUCAGAAAUGAUCUGAGAUUUCAACCAGGGUUAUAAUCAGUGAUUUGUGAACAUAU